GAUUUACCAAGGGCUCUUCCAGGAACCUAGUCUUGGGCCAUGAAGGACACAACUGUGGUGCCGCGACUCGUUGAGUUCAUCGCCCAGAACGGCGGCUCGAUCGAUCGGGCAAAGCUCUCAAUUUUCCUCCAGAAGUAUCCGAAGAGCAAAUCUAACCUUGGUGACCUCUACGCAUUCUGUGCCAGGCACAAGCAGCACUUUUGCAUUGCGAGAAUUGCUGGAUCUGCAGAGUUUUGCCUAACCGUGGUGGCACAACCACAUCCAAAGCAGGGCGCAGCUAAGGCAGCUAAGCCACAUCCAACGCAGCCCGUGACUUCUGUACCUAAACAGGCACCAAUUUGUUCGGCACCCUGCACCUUUGCACAGCGGCAGUUUCCUCCUGCCCCUCCCAUGCUUCCCCCUUUCCCUCUUUGUCCUUCUUUUCCCCUCCACCGACUCCCAACGGACUUUGUGAGACAGUCAACUUGGAUACCGAAGCCUAUCCCUAAGGAGCCUUGGGAACCAGCACAUAGUCGAACAACCUUGGUACUUGCAGACUCAGUAAAACAGCCGACUGAGUCAACUUCCGGUCCUACACAGCCUCCAAAGAUUCCAAAGGGAGCAGGGAUCUGGGUGCCCAAGCAGCGAGCGGAUCAAGUAGCCGAAGCCGAUUUGCUGAGAAAUUCCACGCCAGCAGAGCGCCAAGUAGGCUUGGCACUUGCAGACUUUGUGAAGGCUGCAGGUGGAUUUGUGAAGAUUGGAGAUGCUGCGUGGGGUUUCUUCUCCAGGUAUCCUGAGCACAAAGCUGCCUUGGGGAAUGUAUCCUUCAUGGAGUUUUGCCACAAGCAGCCGGAUCUCUUCUACUUGAACCAUGAGCACACUGGGGAAGCAAUCUUGAGCCUGGCAUGUCAGACCACAGAUAUGCCUUCAAAUGUGGCUACGGAGGCUACAGGUCCAUCUGCGAAUGAACAGUCACGCCAGGCUUGCAUACCCGGGGUGAAAGUCAGGGAAGCCCUGGUGCAGUUCAUCCAGUCUCAUGGUGGUUCGAUCGGGCAUGCAGAGAUGGGCAAGUUUCUGCAGAAUUCGGCCUACAAGAAACAGAUGUUCUCCAAUGGCCAGACGGUGAGUCAAUUCUGCAGACUGCAUGAGGACUUUUUCAUUUUCGAGAGGAGCAGCACCAGCCCUGCCUUUCGAGUUUCUCUCCGCAGCGCAGCCGCUCCUGCUACACAGACCUCUGAAAGUCCUGAUGAUGAUGGUAGCGAUUCCGAGAGCUCAUUUGCGAGUGGCGAAGAAGAUGGUUGGAGUGAGAUUUCGGUGAAGCAGAUCAAGUGGGCGCAAGACUCGAUCAAGGUGCAAUUCCGGAAUGGCUGGCUGCUGGUUGACACUUUGAAGGACCUGGUAGAUGGACGCUUGAAACCGUCUCAGCUUCCCCCCUUUGCGGUUUGGCAGAGAGGCAGCGAAUGGUUUGCCAUUACCGGCAAUCGUCGCUUGUGGGUCCUCAAGGAGUUGGCGGAGCUCCUAUCGCUUGACCUCCGGAUUCGAGCGCGCGUGCUGCCCCAUGGUGCAGGCACCAGAGUCUGGUUCCAAAGGAAGUUCACCACCCGCUGCGAAGGGAACUGGGUGAGCUAUCGAAGCAAAGGCUGUUGCUUCCCCAGUAUGGGCUUCGCGAUGUUUGUCCAAAAAUGGAAGAUGCCCGUGACCAGCAUCGACUUGACCAUCGGGGAGGAGAUUCGGAAGUCGCCUGGGGGAGUGCCUUUGGAGGAUGUAAGAGAGAAGUUUACCGAACUUUCUCCGGUGGACCGCUACCUCCUCUCCAAGCCUGGCCUCUACUCCAUCACGAGCUCUCAGAGGGUUGUCUUCGCCCCUGUGGUCAAGGCCCCUGCGGUCAAGGCACCGGCACCACCUCCCAAGCCGCCAAUCAAGCUGGUUGGAGAAUUUGUCACAGUGUGGAAGCACACCUCCAUGGGCUGCGCUAUCGUCUCGAUGACUGACGUCAAUGUCCGAGAGGCCAUGCUGGCACAAGGCAAAGAGUGCACAAUCAGCAACGUCAGUGUCCAAAUCAAUCCGCACGUGAACAAGGACACUGCCAAAGAGAUCUUGACGGACUUGUUCGUGGCUUGGGGCCAUCAGGUGGAGAAAGCCACUCCCUUGUUUGAAGAGAAGAUCGUAGAGUACUUUGACAAGAAACACAAGGAGAUUGCAACACAAUGGAGGGCUCGGGAGGAGGCAGAAGAAAGUAAGCUGCGUCACGAGGAACAAGCAAGGGAGGAGAAACUUGUGGGAGAAAGAAGCCAAGAGCGCCGAAGAUAUGAAGAGGAUCAAGAGUGGACUCCCGCUAGCUUGAUGUUGUCGUUGUGGCUGCUCUGGUUCUUGCUGCUGUUCCUCCUGGUGGUGGUGGUGGUGGUCGUGGAAGCAAGCAUUUUGCUGUUUGCUUCACAAAUGGCUGACAUGGAUCCGUUGAUUUCCCGCUGUCAUGCCCUGUGGCCUGCUCAUACGGCAGUGAUUAAUGAAGUUCAGUUCAGAAUCGCUGCCAGGCAGAAGCAAAGGAAGACGGAGGCAUUGGCAGAUUCUCUCCAGGCCAUUGAGAGUGCAAGCUGCCAACGGUGGGAGCAGCACAUCGUGACGGAUUUAGUUAAACUUAUCCGUAAGCAUGGCCUUGUUGUGCAUGAGAACAGGAAAAGUGGAGACCUUGCCAUCCUCCUGGGUGGAAAUUCACCAAUACUUACCAGCUUGGUGGAGGAUGUUGAGGGGUUGUGCCACAAGUAUCCUGAACAGUUCGUGAUCGCGCAUCGCGGAUGCUCAGAGCAGCUUGCUCGUGCCCUUGGUUGGCAAGAUCGCUUUCCGACCUUAAGCUUUGCCAUAAGCUCUCCACACCGGCCAAGCAAGACCGACAUACGGGUCGCAUGGGCCUUACGCGAGUUGGGUGGCAUAGCAGAGUUUUCUUGGCUAUGCCAGCACCAAAAGAAUAGGGAAAAAGAAUUCCGUAGGUACUUGUUGAACAGGCCGCAUUGGUUUCAACGUUGUGACAAGAUGGUCUCCUUCACGCCGACCAUGCAGCCAGUCCUGGCCUUUCUUCGUGCAAGUACACUAGCCUCUUUCCCAUGUCCAAUGUUUGCCAUCGCCUCCUUGGACUCGUCUACAGCACCGUCCUUGAAAGAUCUCACCAUCGGCUGGUUCUUGAAAGAAAAGAACAAGGUCAACGAAGAUACUUUCAAGGCCACACUAAGGAGACAUAGCUAUGAAGAGUGCAAGCUGAAGUACUUGCGCCAAAGGCCACACUUGUUUUCCAUCGUUGACAAAAAGGUGUCAUUGCCUGCUGGUCCCCUGCUUCUUGUCUCAGCAGCAGAUGGUCUUCAGGACUUUAUUCCGGUUCUUGUGGAGGCCAGCGGCGACCAGGCAGUGCGUCAAAUGGCGAACCUUCCAGGGCAUCAGUCAGAAUCCGAGAGUGAGGGGGAAGAAAACGUAUCUACUUCCACAGGCGAAGCUAGGGCUAGGGCUGUUACAGCACCCACAGCUGCAAUAUCCGGUGGAACAAGCAAUGAUGCGAUUCAGAGUGGAAACCCCAACCGAUGGGAGGAGCAUAUCGUGGAGGAAUUGGUCAAGCUUAUUUAUGGGCAUGGCCUGGAGGUGCAGUCAAGCACAGGAGUCACAGACUUGGCCAUCCUGCUUCCUGUGAAUGCACCAGGGUCAGAUGCCUUGGCAUUUGAUGUCGAGGGGCUUUGUGCGAAAUAUCCCGGGUACUUCGAGAUUUGCCACCCAACAGAUUGUACAGAGCGAAAGCGCCUAUUUUGCUGGCAAGAUCACUUUCCAAGCCAGAGUUUUGCCACCGAGGCGACGAUAAAACCAAGCAGGAAAGACAUGGAAAUUGGACGUGCUUUACAAGAGCUUUCCGGAAAGGCUACUAUUGAAGAGCUCUACCAACGUGUUUCCAGCUUGGACAGCCAAGAGGAGUUUACUAUCUAUCUCAGCAAAAGGCACCAUUUGUUCUCACUCUGCCAGGAAGUUGUAUCCUUUAGAAGAGCAAGGCUGCCAGUUCUCGCCUUUCUUGGCAGAAGCACACUUGCCAGUUUCCCGAGCCCAUUAUUUGCCAUCACCUCUUUUUUCUCAACACCAUCCUCAAAGGAUCUUUACAUCGGAAACCUCUUGAAAGAGGUGAAGGGAGGUGUGUUCGAGUCCGAAGCCCUGUUGGCUAAACUUGCAGAGGAAGGCAUGAAAAGCAAGAAGAGCUACUUUUCCCAAAAGCCGCUUCUUUUUACCCAAGUGUCCGGGAAUGUGUUCUUGACCAAGGGUCCCAGGCUUCUGAUUUCUAUGGCAGAUGGUCUGGAGGACUUCAUCCCAUUACUGAAGGCGAGCUCAAAGGCACGCGCUAUACCUCCAUCUCUUCCCUCGAGCGGAGACGUCGUGGCCUUGGCCGAAGACGCUGCAAAGCCUGCGGCAUCUGGGUCAUCGGACUUGGGUGCAGAGGAAGCUCACCAGGCUAUGUCGUCGCUGAAGCUGGACACAGAAGGGCCGCCGGCUGAAUGUGAAGCUAGUGCUGCUGCAGCCACUGCUUCCCCUGCGCCCAGUGGGCUGCCUGACACUGUGAUGCAGGGAGCAAAGAGUCCACGGUGGGAGGAGCAUAUCGUGGCGCAUUUGGUCAAAAUUAUCCAUGAGCAUGGCCUUGUCGUGAAGGCAAGCAGGAGCGUUGUGGCAACAAACCUCGGGAUCCUGCUACCUGACAAUGUGCAAUUGACAUCGACCAGCUUGGCUGUGGCCAUUGAACAGCUUUGCGAGAAAUACCCUGAGCACUUCGCGAUUUCCCACCCAGAAAGUCCUCAAGAACGAAGGCGGUUGCUCUGCUGGCAAGAACACUUUCCCAGCUUAAGUUUUGCCGUAGCUACCAAAGCACCAACCACAGAGGACAUGCACAUUGGUUGGGCUUUGCGAGAUCUUUCGGGUGAGUCUACAACUGCAGGGCUGUAUGCAGAACUUUGCCAGCGAGUUUCUGGCUGGGACAGUCGGAAACAGUUCUUCCAAAUUUUCCUCCAAAGACCGGAUUUAUUUCAAUUCCAGCCAGGUCAGCCACAUGACAGAGUGUCCUUUGCUCCGCAGCCGGCAGUCCUUGCCUUCCUUGGCAGAAGCAUGCUCGAGCGGUUCCCAAGCCCCAUGUUUGCGAUCGCCUCCUUGGAUUCAUCAACCGCACCGUCCAAAAGGGCUUUUUGCAUCGGAAGCGCUUUGCAAGAGAAGGCGAUGGGAUCAAUUGAUUUGAAAAUCCGACUGCAAGCCAGAGGCGUGCCCACAACGUUCUUGGAAGCACCGUUGCUCUACACCAAGCUUGACGAAACGUAUAUGCUGACCGCUGGCCCUGGAAUAUUAAUUUCAACUGCCGAUGGUCUGGAGGACUUCAUCUCAGUCCUGGAAGCGAGCGCCAGACUCACAUCUGUGCCUCCCAUGGUUCCUCCAGUCGAGGAUGGCGACCCCGAGUCCAACCCUCCAAUGCAUUCGCCAUCCAAGUCACAUGCCGAAGAAGAGGAGGAGUGCAAGGUGGUGGCAGACUCCGUCUCCGAAGCGCCAGAAGCACCAGAAGCACUACCCAGUUCCGAAGGCCGAGAAGGAGCCGCAACCUCAGUGUCUUCGCCGCACCUGCCGUUGGACACGCUGAUCUAUGGGAUGAAGCGACCUGCCAGCUUCAAUGCGCCUGUGCAGAAGUGCAUUUGCGACCUCAGUCUGCUGUCGAAGCUCCCCGGCAAAGUGCUUCAACAGGUGACUGCACCAGUUUUGGCUGAGAUGCUGCACAAGUCCUGCGCACAACGUCUCAUUCUCCAAGCUGGCCGACCACUCCAAGUGGCCUUGCGGAAGGGCUAUUUGAACAGUGCAUCUCUUCCAGAGGUGACCCUCACACCGCCGGACCUGGUGGAGAUGCUGAAGCAGCUCGACGUCAACGUGCCAACUGGCUCCACGAUGGUCCAGAUUCCCAACAGUUGGCACCGUUUGAGUUGCAGCUACCGUGGCGGAGAACUGGAUGUGCUAGUUCUCCAUUUGACCCGGAUCCUGCCAGGCAUCGCAUUGCCUGUGGCCCAGCAAGCUAAGACGGGCUCCAGCCUGUUCUUGGGCCCCGCUUGCAGUGGCAAGUCAACAGUGCUGCGUGAUGUUGCGGUUGGCCUGUCAAAAACAGAGCAGGUCGUCUACAUCAACUUCUGGAAUGAGCUCGGCGCGGGCCUCUUGGGUUUGGCGCGAGUCGUCACGCCUGGCGACAAGGAGGAGUGCCUGGAAUUUCUCGACCGAGUGAUCAUGCAGCAUUCGCCUGAGGUCAUCGUGGCCGAAUUCCUGGAUGCCUCCGCAGCUCUAUGGGCAGCGCGGCGCUGCACGGAAUCAGCAGUGCGGCUGGUGGCGUCACUGCGGGGCUCCAUGCAGACAUUGCUGGAGGAAGCUUUGGUGGGCAUGAAUCGUGCUGCGAUGCCGGGGUGUGUCUAUUUUCCCUUCAACCAUCUCAUUUUGCUUCGUCGCGAGCUGGACUAUUGGAAUGUCGACCAGCAAGUUGGAGCCACCGUUUGCCGCAUGGCACGUGGCCGGUGUCCGGCAUGUCCACAUCAGUCGCAGGUGCAGCAUCAACCCCUGCAGGUGAAGCUUAAGCCGCUCCAGCUGGAGGUCUAGAAACGACCACGGGACGAAGGGGAUGUGAUCUGUAGGAGUUUGGCAGACGGGUGUGUCUCAACAUCAACCACACCAACAUUAUCCAAUACUUGUCAAUAUUCAUAUACAACGGGCAACAUGGAAAGCAGAUGAACCUCACCCUUUGGUCGGGGGAUUCCCUUGUUGUGAGACGGAUCCAAAUCAACUCUGCACUUAGUUUGCCUUGGGGCCUUACGAGUUUUGGCCUUGAGCCUCCAAAGGGAGGUUUCAUUUUUAAAGAUCCGUUCCUGAGCAAAGCCCCUGGCAAUACACGUGGUGCUUGCUCCGAAACUUAAGUCCUUUGAAUCAUUCUCAAUCGUUGUUUAGCCCUGGAGAAGACCAUGGGCCAGACCAGCAGAACGAACAGAAAGAGAUGCCUUGGUGCAGGCCUGUG